CAAAAGUUUUCAAAACAAUCGUGUUUGUGCGCGGAACUGUGUUCUUGGCAACCAGGAACCAUAUGUUUUUAACUGAUAAAAGAUUAUAAAUAACGUCCAAAUGUUGUCGCAGGCUUCUACUUUGACUUAGAAGUUAUUUAAAACACAUAGGAAAAGAGAACAUGGCUCGUGGGACAGGAAGGAAAGCAGAGUCUGCAAAUGGCCCAGUGAAGACUAGAAUGUCUCAGAGGUCUAGAAAUCAUCCAUCAAGAGAAAUUAGCAGAUCCUUUCACCAAGAUGAAGAAAGUGAACAUAAAGCCACACCUGAGGAAGAAAAGAUACCAUUAAACUGCAACAGUGGAAAUCAUAAGCCAGGAAAUAGUCAUUUACCACCAGAAAAUAAGCAACAUAAUAAGGAAGUGGGUCUCUCUCCAAAAAAAUUUGAUAAAAAAAUGAGGUAUGAGUCGUCGUGUACUCUAACUAGGAAAUCCCAGGUUUUGAACACUGAAAAUAAAUUAAUUGUUAAGUCACAAAUAAGUAAAAAGUGUGAUAGUUUGUCUCAGGUACAUUCCAAACCAAGAAUAGUCUCAAAAGAAUGUGGUAGUGAACCAAAACCAAAAUGUGAUUCAGACUUUGGGACAAACAGUGGACAGAAGUGUUUCUUUGGUAUAGAUAAUUCCACUUUAGUCUUGGAGAUGAUGUUGCAUGCAAAUACUAUACUUUAUGGAUUAUUGUCUCUAUCAACUAACCAUUUUACAAAGGUUGCAUUCAAACUGCCAGUAGCUGUGGAUCCAUUCAUGGUGAAAGUCUUUUAUACGCUUUUGUUAGGAGUUUUAGCAGAUUUUAUAUCGCCACUUAUAGCACUUUUAGUCCCCCAAGUGACUUGCCUUGUUACGGGAUUUUUACUUAGUCUUCAAGUCUUCCCACAGCACAUGGCAUUCAUUGCUGUUUACCUACCUCAGUUGAAUUCAGGACUGAUAGGAACACAAUUGUUAAUGAAGCUCUCGAAACCAUCAGAAAGUUUUGCUGCUGGUUUAUCAAGGAUAAAUUGUUUUUACUGCCUAACUGAUCUCUUUAGUCCAUGGCUGUUAAAGCUUGUUACUCGGAAUAUUGGGUAGGAAUAAUGUCAUUCUGUGUCAGAUAUUUUUCAUUUUUUAUGAUUAAAUAUUGACUCAUUAUGAGCUGAGAGAGAAACUUUAAUAGAUAACACACGAUAAUAUUGCAAUA